GGGGGAGUUUGAUUUGGGACGGGUCUGUUUGCCGGACGGACACUCACUGCAACUGAAUGAUAGUUAAAUCUCCUCUUUUAAAUCGGGAUUUUGUGGUUUGUGGUCCAGAGUCCCCAGAGAGAAAAGUUCAGGCUGGUUUUCUGUUUCGAACCAUGGAAGCCCAGAGCAAGCGGACAGCUUAUUGUCACUAGACCCCGUGGAGGAAAAGAAUGGACCGAGUGAAAACUGACCCGACCGAGGUGGACUGAUCCCCGCCAUGUCGCCCUCCUCUCCCUGCCAGGAGGGCUACAAGCCGGCGCCGGUGGCCCAAGCGCCGCCCGUCCCGCCGCGCAGGGUCCGGAGCAGAGACGAGGGCUCCGGGGGGAGGACGCGGCGGGCGGCCGCUCCGGAGAGGCGGGUGAAGUGUGUGCUGGUGGGGGACGGAGCGGUGGGGAAAACCAGCCUGGUGGUCAGCUACACCACCAACGGCUACCCCACCGAGUACGUCCCGACGGCGUUUGACAACUUCUCAGCGGUGGUGUCAGUGGACGGACAGCCGGUGAAACUGCAGCUGUGUGACACAGCAGGACAGGAUGAGUUUGACAGGCUCCGUCCGCUGUGCUACACCAGUGCAGACGUCUUCAUGCUGUGCUUCAGCGUCGUCAGUCCCGCCUCCUUCCAGAACGUUCCAGAAAAAUGGGUCCCAGAGAUCCGUAAACAUGCCCCCUUCGCUCCCCUCGUUCUGGUGGGGACACAGUGUGACCUCAGAGAAGACGUCAAGGUGCUCAUCGACCUGGCGAAGUACCGGGAGCGGCCCGUGGACCCUUCGGAUGCCCGGGACUGUGCCAUGGAGAUCGGAGCGGUGGCCUACAUGGAGUGUUCCUCUCUGACCCAGAAGAACCUAAAGGAGGUGUUCGACACGGCCAUCCUGGCCAGCCUGCAGAAAUACGGCUCACGGAAACGCUCGAGAGGCAAACAGAAGCACCGAAAAAAGGCGAGACAGACCCCGGACAAGAUGAAGAGUCUGUCUAAGUCCUGGUGGAAACGGUACUGCUGCGUGGCGUAGAGCAGACCUGGGACUGGAUCCGGCUCUGAUUCUGGGCUGGAGUUUUAAAGAGAACUAUAUAAAACCCUGACUGGAACGUGGAAUAUUGUGGAUGAGAUUUACUACUGAGCUUUGAGUCGCCUGGAGGAUUCUCUGGUGUUUAUUCACUCAGACUGGUUAAACACCAGUUCUGUUCUGGGACCAGUAAAAGAUGUGACAGUCAUAUCCAGGUCGCUUUUCUCUGGAUUUCUUGUCCAAAAAUACUAAGGAAAAAUCCUGCCUUUUUAUGCAUCCCAGAGGAAAACUGGAAUCUUUGUUGGAUGUAAUUAUUAUAAUCGAUGAUCUAAGACAAACAACACACUGUCAAUUGUUCCCAAUUCUGGACUGGUUUAAAAUAAGAUCAGAAAGAGCUGCUGAGAGAAAGAGAGUCGCCCUCAGACCAGACUUGGUCACGGAGGAUUUUAUGACCCAGACAAGAUCACCAGACGCACAUGAAGUCAAAACAAGUCCGUCCUUACGUUAAUUCAGAGCCAUUGUUACUCUGAUGAGAGGACUCGUUGAGUAACCACAUCCUGAUUUUACACGGUCAGUUUUGAUUAUGAAUCAGCUUAUAGUUUGGUCUUAAACAGAACAAUUUGUACCAAAUCCAGGCUGUAUUUUUUUAUGCAAGCGCUCAAAUCAUAUCUAAUCUUGAUACGAACUCAUGCACAUUUUUGUCCUAUCAGAAGACACAAACUGUUCCCGCUUUGAUCAAAACUGAGAUUUCCAAACAACCCACAUUCUUCAUAUCUUUUUUUUUUCUGUAUCAGCAAACAAACUAUUUCAUGUCUCUAUAUUGGAAGGUAAUUUAUCAUCUUUUCCUCUCAAUCUCAUCAGGACUGACAGUGAAAACAGAGCCAUGCCGGUUCAGGUUGGUUAGCUGUGAAAACGGGAUCAUUUCUUCUACAUGUGUUGGACUUGUAGCUUAAACAAAGUGGUUUCAAACAUUUCCACUGCUAUAUGUGAUUUAUCCUUUCAGACUUGACUAUGAGCGUUUGCUGAAUCAGAUCCUCCAUGGUUAAAUCUAAAAUUAGCAAUAAUUAAUUCAUAAUGCAUUUUGCUAUCUUUGUUUCUUAAGAAAAAUCAAUUUUCUUUGUUAUAUUACUGGACAUUAUUAUAAACUUGGUGUUUUUCUCUUUCUAAUGUUUUAUCAAAUGAAAACCACAAACUUUAAUGUUUUCUAUUUUUUGCGACAAACCAAGACACAGUGAUACAUUGAUAUGAAGAACAAACGUAAAUCAUCGUUUCAGUUUGUUUCAACAGAUGAAAAUCUAAAAAGUGCGGUGGGCAUUUGUGUCCAGCUCCUCUAACUCAAUAGAGGGGAUAACAAUGGAUCAAAAGAUGCAAAUAAACAAACAUUUUAAGUUUGUUUUUAAAUAAAAAGGUAAACAUUUUAUUGCCUGAAAUGCAGUAAUAGCAUUAUUUUACUUGUAGCACAGGAUGCAUCUGCAACUAAAAAAAAUACAAGCCUGUAAAAAGCUCAGCCCUUUUUAAUCAACUUAAUAUCAAUAAAAAUGUAGCUGAUCUAUUGACUAUUUUUUAAAUUAAUAAUUGGACAGCAAAAAGUGAUUAAUAUGAGAUUUUGUUUUACAGAAUUUGAACCAGGUGAAGCUAAACCUGCCACUUGAAUAGUUCUGGGUAAAACAUAUUUACAAAUAAAAGUAAAAAAAAAAAAAAAAGAAAAUCUUAAAUGCCAAAUGUGUAUAUUUUCGUACAGUUUUGGCUUAAUUACUGCUGUUUCUAAUGCAACUCAAUGGGUUCACUGUGUCGAUGUUUAACUGCUGAUAGCAAAUGCUUUGUGUGUUGCAGGGAGAAAAGGCAUAAUAGGCUAUUUGUCUUGUGGAGCUAAGUGGGCUAAAGGUCACACACUCUUAUGAUAGCUGGCAUUUCCUGUGUCAAGUUUAACAGAAGUUAGUUUUGUAUUUAAUUCACUCCGGUUUAAACGUCUUAGCAGAACUGUGGCGUUAAUCAUGUUGUUCUCUCUUGUCUUUCCGUGUCAAUCAGCAGAAAACGCCCGACUUGUAUUUUAAAAUGACCUUAAGAUGAGAUGCUCAUGUUUUAAACUUUUAAAUACUGUGAUCCCGUAGAUUCUGCUUUAUUCAAUUACCACAGAAGCUACUCUGAUCCCAAAUGAUAAUAAUAAAGCAACACAACGCGCUACAACACUGGCACAAAUUCACUUGUGACGCCAACUUUUGAGGCUACGAAAGGUUAGAGGGUUUCCCUCGUUUUGACUUCUUCUCAGGUGGUUGCUGCAGCGCGGCGUUGGAGCAGGAUGCCAGACGAAGGGCUUCGUAACGUAGAGCAGAUGGCCAUCUGAACGUGGAGACAGAAAACAGAUGUGAUGAAUGUUGGGGUUUUUCUGUUUUGCUGAAAGGAAAGCAUGAUUAUUCUUUGUUGCUGUUGUUGAGGUUUGUAGAACUGUGUGAGAGCUAAAACUUCAUAAAUCUGUGACUUUGAUUCACUGGGUGUUGUUGUGACGGGCCUCCGCUGUACGCUGGCGAUGUUUGAUAUGUGACUCAGAGACGCGGCGUCAGCCAGCUGGUGUUUUGGUCUCAUUGGAUGUGAAGCAAAGUGACACAAAAAUACACAAAAAUACACAUAAAUACGUCUGAUUUAGGGCACAAAAUGAAUCUGGUCAUUGUAUUCAUCUAUGUCCAGGGCCGAAUUUAGAAGGAUAAGGGCCCGGGGCUAGAGCUGGUUUUGGUACCCUAUCCAAAAAACACACACAAAAAACAAGCAUCUUACACAUGGAAAUUACAGGUGAUGAAUGGGUAGGUCUAAACAUCAACAGGUUUAAAACCUCCCAUGUGAGAUGGCCCCAUGUUUGUCCCAAAUAGAUGCACUAUAAGUUCAGAAUUUUCAAAUAUUGGAGUUUUGUAUACAUUAACAUUAAUAUCAGUCAAAAAAUACCAAAACAACACAUUUCAGAUGGGCUUAUGAGUUUUAUAUAAGCUACAAUGUAAAACAUUAAUUCAUUACAAAAAUCUUUGGGGCCCCCGAGUUGUGGAGCCCUGGGCUACUGCCACUGUAAGCCCAUUCUGAGUCCGUCCCAGUCUAUGUCCUGUGACUCUGUGAGUUCAACCAAAAACAGAUAUCUGAUCCGUGUAAAUUUAAUCUAAUCUGAUUUACAGAUCUUACAGGGGCCACCAGCUCAGAGCCUCUUUCAGAAAACCAGCCGACCGCGGCCUGUGUGAUCCACCACUCCUGUUUUCACUGGUUAAAAAAUAAAAACAGACAAUACGCUGCUGCAAUCUGUUCAUGUCAAGCUUGUCGUUAACCUGGAAAUAUCAGUUGAAGGAGGAUGUGUUUGUACAGAUCUGUUAUACUCUGAGAAAUAAAGAAUAUUUGUAAUAAA